AUGGAAGGUUCCCAUAGUUCAAGCUCGAAUGAAGGUAAGUUUUUGUUUUAACGUUUCAUUCACACCCUGUAUACUGCUGCAGUCUUAUGUAAACUUUUAUUUGACAGCUGUGACUAUGUAUUGUUUUCUAAUUUAGAACGUUUGGACAAACCGUUAGAACGUUAGAAAAGCCGUUAGCUAUCCGUUAGCUAUCCGUUAGUUUUCUAACGAUAACGAAAUAUCGUUAGUGUACGUUUUCCCAAAGAAGGUCACAUAUAAUGUCUGAAAUAUUGCGUUCGAUUGCGUCCACGAAACUUCAUGAUGUUCUAUAAAUAAAAGGGUAGUCCAAAUAAAAGGUAAUUAACUAAAGACAAUGAGUUUAAUAUUCAAACAUACUGUUACAUUGUUAGUAGACCUAGAAAUGCUUUUGUUGUCUCUGCAUGCAGUUGCAUGUUACACAGAUGAUAUUAAAGAGCUUAUCAAAUCUGUUUGGAAUAAAGUUCCUUAGCCUGAGAAAACAGCUGACAUUUGGCGACGUUACCACUGGUUUCCCCGCCAAGUGACGUCUGAGAAACGAGCACAGAAAUUUCGUACUAAUGACACAUCACUACCCAGAUCUGGGUAGUGCUUCUGAUUGGUUGAAUCAAAUUUCCCAUGCAGUACGAUCAAUCAGAAGCACUAACCAGAUCUGGGUAGUGACGCAUCAUCCGUAUGGAAUUUCUGCGCUCGUUUCUCAGACGUCAUUUGGCGGAGAAUGCAGUGGUAGGAUCACUAAAUGUCAGCUGUUUUCUCAGGCUUAAAGUUCCUUAUUAUUCAUUCAAAAUAUUUCCCCGUUUUUGAUUCGCUAAAAGCACACGCAUAAUUCACCAUAACCAGAUACUGAUGACCAAAUUUGGAAGAAUUUUGUGCUUAACAAGGAAAUGACGUCAAAAAAGCAGCGUCCUUGCAGGUUAAUUCACCGUUAACCGAGAAGACCUGGGAACAAGGUUGAGUUGUGUUGGUUGUGAAAACAAAAAAUGGCGGACAUUUCACUUGUUUCAAGAGUAAGAACUAGGCGAAAUUAUAGCUAAAAAAAUGGCAAGAACAGCAAGAACACAACUCGAAGGAUGCAUUUGCUAUUUGGAGAAUAUUUGUGGAGCUGAACAACCCUAAACGUGCACUAUCGAAGGUGAACUUGAAAUCGAUAAAGGUUAGCAUGUUUCAGCUUUGUUUUUAAACUAGGAAUUAUUUUGAAUGAAUAAUAAAACAAUUAUUGAAUUCUGCUUUCAUAUCAUAUGACGGAUUAUGGAGAUACUCAGCCCCAUUCAUUACUUGUUUAUUAAUAUAAAUAAAAAGACGGCCAGCUGUCAAGUGUGGAUUUUAGUUUUUGUAUGAAAGACUUCAAAAUUUUGGCCUUAUAAUGAUUAUGAGUGAUAAAGUGUGCUACAGCAGCUGAUCAUCUUCAAUUGAAUGAAAUCAGUCUUUCUUCUUUGAAUCCAUUGUUGAACUCAAAAGGAAGUGAUACUGCAGUCCUUACAAGAAGGUGUAGUGACUGUAAAAAAUCAUACAAGUCCUGUGAUUGCAAGGUUCGUGAUUGCUAACUUCAUAAUCCAAGGUUUAAUAGUUAAAAAAGGUAAAAGCUUUGUUUUAUAAAUAAUAAAAAGGCACCAAGCUGCUCAAGCUAGUUUACAGGUACUCCACCCUGAUAAUGUGGAACAACACUCAAAUGGAUAGGACUGAUAUGCUGUUGGCUAUUUAUAUACAAGUGUGGCUCAUUUGCAGAGGGUAUUUUGAUAGUUAGCACACACUUACGUGACUGUUUUGACAUGAUGGUAUUUUGAAAAAGAUGGCCAUUGCACUGUAUAACAAAACUAAGAGUGAGUGUACUGAUGCAUGAACUGUUCAUCAAGAAGAAGGAAAGUUAACUAUAGUGUAAGUUAAACUGUACCCAUGAAUUGCUUGCAUUUGUAGAACUCAGGAUAAAUUGUUACCUUUUAUUUGGCAGAAUUGUUCCAAGUGUGGAACAAUAUUUCAGAAGUAUUGGGGAACUAACUUGAUCAAAGGGCGGUAAGCAUCUUAUAAUGUUUACUCAAUUUAAUACAUAUUAUUGUAAAUAAAAAAAAGUUAACACUGGAUCUACCCUUGUUACAUGUAGAUUUAUUUAUCAUAAUGCAUGCAUGGAUUCGAUAGCGUACACAUAGUACUCUGAAAUCUGGGAGGCAUAAUAACCUUAUUGUUAGUGCUCUGGAGUCCAGAUCAAAACAUCUGGGUUCUAGCUGUGGCUAGCUAGGGUCCUUGACCUUACAUAAUGCAUAAUUUCUUGGGCAAGACACUUUUACUCUCGAUGCGACUGGCACUCCAUCCAGGAGUAUGAACCAGUACCAGCAAGUGUAACAUUAUGGACUAGCAAACCUUUUGACAGGGGGGAUUAGAAAUAUUCCUAGUUGCUUUGGCAUGCUAUAGAAACAAGAUUAGUAGAGGACAGGUAAAGUAUUCCCUUAAUUCUAAUUUCUAAUUAAUGUUCAUUUAAUCAUAUUUUUAUGUUAAUUUGCAUGAUAUAAAUUAUGAUUAUUAUUCUCCCCCUUGUUUUUCUCCCUCUUAUUAAAGAGUAAGGUGCUUAAACACCUCUUUAGAUUUAGAAUUUAAGUAGAAUGAUGCACCACUUUCUUACCUCUUGUCAUGAUAAUAAUUCCACAUUCUUUUGUUUGUUAGUUCUCAUUGUCGUACAUGUUCCACUGCAGUGUGUGUUACCUGUCAUGUUGUUGUUAACAAAGCUGUAAAGGUAAAGAGAUGAUGGCUAGCAUUAAAACAUCAUGGUCUACCCACGGCCAUAGCCAGAGUUUUGGUACAGAUACCGAGGCAGAGAGUCUGGGGGAAUUGUGAGCUACAGCCCUCUGCUGCUAUUGUUAGAGUACAUUUCCUUGGGAGUAGAAGUCAUAAUUAAUCCUCAGUAGUGAGAGGGGGGUGCCGAUAUAAAAAAAAAUGGAUGCCAAUUAAGGAGUUGUACUUGCAUUCGAUGUUCUCGAUGUCCUUAAUCUGGACUCCCUCUGGCUGCACUGCACGAAUUUGUCAUGCCGUUGGUCACGCGAUAAACCAAUUUCCUCAAAUUGAAGAUAUGUAAAGCAACAAAAAUAAUAGAAGCUAAUAGAAAGGCUAAAAUCAUGCUCAAAGCACGUUCAAUAUUGAUACUUUCUGAAACAAACCUUGCAUCAAAAACGCCGGCGAAAACGUCGCCUGUUCACGUAUAUUGUGCAAUUGUGUACCGUGUGUCUCGGGGGAGCUUGGAAACAAAACGGUCACCUGUACAGGCUCGGAUACCAAGUCAUGGAACAAAAUACAAACUCAAACACUUGUGAUUUUGCGAAAUUUGUUUUUGAUUGUGGAAUUAUUAGAAAGGAAUAAUUUUAUAAGAAAUGGAAGGUUCCCAUAGUUCAAGCUCGAAUGAAGGUAAGUUUUUGUUUUAACGUUUCAUUCACACCCUGCAUACUGCUGCAGUCUUAUGUAAACUUUUAUUUGACAGCUGUGACUAGGUAUUGUUUUCUAAUUUAAGUUUCAACAUAUAAUGUCUGAAAUAUUGCGUUCGAUUGCGUCCACGAAACUUCAUGAUGUUCUAUAAAUAAAAGGGUAGUCCAAAUAAAAGGUAAUUAACUAAAGACAAUGAGUUUAAUAUUCAAACAUACUGUUACAUUGUUAGUAGACCUAGAAAUGCUUUUGUUGUCUCUGCAUGUAAUUGCAUGUUACACAGAUGAUAUUAAAGAGCUUAUCAAAUCUGUUUGGUAUAAAGUUCCUUAGCCUGAGAAAACAGCCAACAUUUGGCGACGUUACCACUGGUUUCCCCGCUAAGUGACGUCUGAGAAACGAGCACAGAAAUUUCGUACUAAUGACACGUCACUACCCAGAUGUGGGUAGUGCUUCUGAUUGGUUGAAUCAAAUUUCCCAUGCAGUAUGAUCAAUCAGAAACACUACCCAGAUCUGGCUAGUGACGCAUCAUCCGUAUGGAAUUUCUGCGCUCGUUUCUCAGACGUCAUUUGGUGGAGAAUGCAGUGGUAGGAUCACUAAAUGUCAGCUGUUUUCUCAGGCUUAAAGUUCCUUAUUAUUCAUUCAAAAUAUUUCCCCGUUUCUGAUUCGCUAAAAGCACACGCAUAAUUCACCAUAACCAGAUACUGAUGACCAAAUUUGGAAGAAUUUUGUGCUUAACAAGGAAAUGACGUCAAAAAAGCAGCGUCCUUGCAGGUUAAUUCACCGUUAACCAAGAAGACCUGGGGACGAGGUUGAGUUGUUUUGGUUGUGAAAACAAAAAAUGGCGGACAUUUCACUUUUUUCAAGAGUGAGAACUAGGCGAAAUUAUAGCUAAAAAAAAGGCGAGAACAGCAAGAACACAACUCGAAGGAUGCAUCUGCUAUUUGGACAAUAUUUGUGGAGCUGAACAACCCUAAACGUGCACUAUCGAAGGUGAACUUGAAAUCGAUAAAGGUAAGCAUGUUUCAGCUUUGUUUUUAAACUAGGAAUUAUGUUGAAUGAAUAAUAAAACAAUUAUUGAAUUCUGCUUUCAUAUCAUAUGACGAAUUAUGGAGAUACUCAGCCCCAUUCAUUAAUUGUUAAUUAAUAUAAAUAAAAAGACGGCCAGCUGUCAAGAGUGGAUUUUAGUUUUUGUAUAAAAGACUUCAAUUAUGAUUAUGAGUGAUAAAGUGUGCUACAGCAGCUGAUCAUCUUCAAUUGAAUGAAAUCAGUCUUUCUUCUUUGAAUCUAUAUUUGAACUCAAAAGGAAGUGACACUGCAGUCCUUACAAGAAGGUGUAGUGACUGUAAAAAAUCAUACAAGUCCUGCGAUUGCAAGGUUCGUGAUUGCUAACUUCAUAAUCUAAGGUUUAAUAGUUAAGAAGGUAAAUGCUUUGUUUUAUAAUAAAAAGGCACCAAGCUGCUCAAGCUAGUUUACAGGUACUCCACCCUGAUAAUGUGGAACAACACUCAAAUGGAUAGGACUGAUAUGCUGUUGGCUAUUUAUAUACAAGUGUGGCUCAUUUGCAGAGGGUAUUUUGAUAGUUAGCACACACUUAUGUGACUGUUUUGACAUGAUGGUAUAAUUUUUGAAAAAGAUGACCAUUGCACUGUAUUACAAAAACAAGAGUGAGUGUGCUGUUGCAUGAACUGUUCAUCAAGAAGAAGGAAAGUUAACUAUAGUGUAAGUUAGACUGUACCCAUGAAUUGCUUGCAUUUGUAGAACUCAGGAUAAAUUGUUACUUUUUAUUUGGCAGAAUUGUUCCAAGUGUGGAACAAUAUUUCAGAAGUAUUGGGGAACUAACUUGAACAAACGGCGGUAAGCAUCUUACAAUGUUUACUCAAUUUCAUAUUAUUGUAAACAAAAAAAGUUAACACUGGGGCUACUCUUGUUACAUGUAGAUGACUGUUUAUCAUAAUGCAUGCAUGGAUUCCAUUUCCAUUUUUUUAAUAUGUACAGCGUACACAUAGUACUCUGAAAUCUGGGAGGCAUAUGACCUUAUUGUCAGUGCUCUGAAUUCCAGAUCAAAAAAUCUGGGUUCUAGCUGUGGCUAGCUAGGAUCCUUGACCUUGCUUAAUAAAUAAUUUCUUGGGCAAGGUACUUUACUCUUGAUGCAACUGGCACUCCAUCCAGUUGUAUGAACCAGUACCAGCAAAUGUAACAUAAUAUGGACUAGCAAACCUUUGGACAGGAGGGAUUAGAAAUAUUCCUAGUUGCUUUGUCAUGCUAUAGAAGCAAGAUUUAAGUAAAGGACAGGUAAAGUAUUAAUACUUAUACUCCCUUAAUUCUAAUUUCUAAUUUUUGUGCAUUUAAUCAUAUUUCUAUGUUAAUUUGUAUAAUAUAAAUGAUGACUAUUAUUCUCCCCCUUCUUUUUCUCCCCCUUAUGAAAGAGUAAGGUGCUUAAACACCUCUUUAGAUUUAGGAUUUAAGUAGAACGAUGCACCACUUUCUUACCUCUUGUCAUGAUAAUAAUUCCACAUCCUUUUGUUUGUUAGUUCUCAUUGUCGUACAUGUUCCACUGCAGUGUGUGUUACCUGUCAUGUUGUUGUUAACAAAGCUGUAAAGGUACGUCAAAUAAUAAGUAAAUAGUUAAAUCCGGCUAUUUCAUCCAUUUCAAAAUCAUGUUAUGUUUUAUAAAAAUAAUGAAUGAGUUUUAUCAGUAAUGUAGAGUGGAAUGUGAGAAAUGGAGUUAAUUUUUCUUCUUUUGGCAAAUGAUCUUUGUAACUGUUGGCCAUUACUCCAUUAAACUUAACAGACUCAAUCACGAAACAUCUGGUGUUGACAAACAAUGUUAAGAGAGAAAAGUUCAAUGUCUUUAUACUGAACAUAAUUGAUUGCAUCAGUAUGGCUCCAGUUUUAAGUGCACUCACAGGAACUGAGGCAUACUUACUAUUAUAGAAUUUCUAUUGCAAUUUGUCUGUUUCACAAAAAAUCAUUUGCCAAUAUGUGUGUCAAAAAAUUUGCUUGCCCACAUUUUAGAGGGCCAUUGAAAAAGUGGUCAAUUGACUGAGCAUUGAUCUUAACUGUAGUCCUUUAUCAUUCUGCUAGGUAUGUACAAGAUGUCUCUUAAAACAAAAAGAAGAUGAAAUGAACACCCAGAAGGCUCUGUCAGCUAUAGAAGAGGCUAGAACAGGAAGAGGUGUGUUAAAUUUACCCAGUCAGAGAUAUUAUAUGAUAUUCUUGAUUACUUUAAAAAAUCAAGCAGUCUGACAACUAGCUAAAUGAAAUAUAAAUAUAAAAUUAAUAAAUACCAGAGUAUAAAGAUGCCCCCAGGUCUUGUUUUCUUAAUGCUGGCACUGAGAGACUUUUUGAUGGUGAUAAUGAUAAUGAUAAUGAUGAUGAUGAUAGUGAUGGUGAUGACCAUAAAUUUGUAUCAACAGGAAAAUUAUGUUGGAUGGCAAACACGUUUUCUGAAGUGUUACACUGUCUCCUUGCGUUGCCAAACUGGUAACCAUCCAUCAGAAAUCAGUUAGGAGAUAAAGGAAACUGAGAAUCAAACUGGGAUGAAACCACUACAGUAAAUUUCAUUUUAAACUGCAUCAUAACAGUACAUGGAAAUGAAAAGGUCUUUAUUGAAAUGACAUUUUCUUUCAUCUUUAGCAAAUUCAACAUCAUCUGCAACAUCUGAUGCAUUUGUUGUGGUGUCAAGUUUGUCUAGUUUAAAUCCUGAACAAAGGAAAAGGGCUUUGUUCGAAGCUGCUAAAACAGGUAAUAAUAUGCUUAUCAUUAAUCUAAUCUCAAAACACUGCCAAAAACUAACCAAGUAAAAAACUAGCAAGUCAUACAUGUGUACUUUAACAGUAAAACCCCUUGUACAUGUACUUCAAAUCUUUCUCACAGUGCUGAGUUGUACAAUAAUCUGUGAUCUAGGGCUUCUUCAUGUUUUCUAGUGCCUACAGAUGUGUUUUUGCUAUUCUUUUAUAAUGGUAACUUUUUAACAGGAUGUGAUUAAUUUAUGAUUAAUUUAUGACUCAAUAUUUUCUCAACUGAGUGGUGACUCUGAAUGCAUGCAGUACCACAAUGCACUGUGAUGCAUUUUAAUCAUUUAGAAAAUAAUUAGUUAGUCAGAGUAUAUUAAUUUUGAUUUAUUUAAUAUCAGUAAAAAUGAGUUGCUGUAUUUCCAGGAGACCAUUAUUCCAUGGUUACUUUACUGAAUCAUGAGAAUGUUGACAUCAAUAUUAGAGGUAAUAAUAAUUAUUUAUUUUUAAAUAUGACCAAACCCACUUUGAAUUAUUCUUUCCAUACUGGUAAAUAAAGAUUCACAGGCAAAGUAAAUUUUUUUAUUUCUUUCCCAUAAGAGUGUUUGAUCCUACAUUUGAAUGAAAUCACAGUAAAUAUUAUUUUGUUAUUUCAUUUUGUAGAUGAGGACAAGAACACUCCUCUCUUUUUUGCUGCAGAAGGUGGCCAUCUCCCUUGUGUGGCUCUCUUAAUGGUAACUAAUUUUGGUCUCAAUUUGUCUCUAGUAAUUUAACAACCUUGAGAAAGUUUGUAAACUUUCCAUUAGAAUUUUGGCCCAGUGUCUUGAUUGUUACAGUCAUUAUUCUACAGUGUGUUCAUUAGGCAAAGGAGAUCAGAGAAUUCUCUGUUUAUAAUUACUGCGCAGAAUUUUCUGGCUAACGUUUGAUAGCCUAUAUGACUAUUUUUUAUUCAGAUGCGGAGUGUCUUUCACAAUACUCUCCUGUAACAUUACACCUUUCUCCUGCUACAAAAUUCUUAAUUAAAACCCUGAUCCUAUAUAUAAUAAUUAAUCAAUUUGUAUUGUAUUAUUAUAUUUGAAAAUUAAAGGUAGAUUAGCAGAUUACCAGACACCUUGUAGGGCCUUGUUUCAUGCACCUCUUCAAUUGUAAAGCCAGGACAGAGUCUCGUGAUUGGAAGCUUUUUGAACCCAAACUUAAAACCUUGCGAUGAAUAUUUUUUGUGCUUUCUUCCAUCUUGAAUUAAGCACAUUUUACUACAAAGUCUGGCAUUUUUCGGUACUGGUCUGUGUUGUACAUGUAAGUUAAAUCCAAACUGCAGGAUUCUUUGACUAGGCUAAUAUCCAUAUAGAAUGAUCUUGAUAUAAUAGUGAUGGCGAUGAUGAUGAUAAUUAAUUAGAGGGGAUUUAACCCUCUGCUGAUUCCUGAUCCUUGUAUCUCUAACAGAAAGUGUGGCAUGUCAUUCUGACUCUCGAAAUACACAUGUCAUAAUGUUUCUCUGCACACAACAGUUUUUAGGGUUAAUCCAUGACAGGUAUAUCAGCCGUGUAAACUAGCUACAUAAAUUAAAUCCUGUCUUAUUUAUUUAUUAAUUUUUAUGUAAAAUUUAACAGGAAUGAAAUGCAGAUGUGACAGCAGUGAACAAUGUAAGUUUAUGGAAUGUUUCAUACUAGAAAUGAAUAAAUGAAUAUCAAGGCUACUUUUAUACUUAUUUAUAAUAUUUAUUUUGUUAUCCAAUCUAGAAAUCUUGGACCCCUCUUCAUGCCCUUGCAUGGUAAGUUUACAUGAGCAUGGUUAAAAAACAUGUUAUACAAAUUUUUUAUGAAAUCCUAUUAAAUGAAGGUUUGUGGUGUGUAUUAUUAAGCAGACUGUUCAGUCUAGAAAUUGGUAAAAGUGGGUCGUACAUCCCAUGUGGCAUUUUAAAUUGGAUCAAUUUCAAAAAUGGUCUGGGUCAAACUAUGAUAUUGAAACUUUGAACAACUAGAUCAUGAGCUUUAUUAUCCAGCUCAUCUUCAUGCUUUUCAGAUUCAACUGUCAUUCUCUUUUGCGUAAAUAAAUGAACUUAGCUUUUGUUGUUGUUUCAUAAUGAAUAAAGGAAAAGUGCAAAUUAAAAAAUGAAGCGUGUGUGGAUCGGCAAAGCAACAACUAUGCAGAACAUGGAAAUGUACACUCCAGUCUCUUUCUGUACCUCAUGGAAGGCCUGACACAAAAACUACUCAUAAACACAUAGUCUGAAAUCACAGUCAUUUUGUGCACUUAUUUCAGGCUAGUAAUCACACCUUUUUUAUGUUUAAUAUUGACUGCUGCUUUGGAAGUACUUGUAUAUUAAGUAACCUUUUUUGCAUCAGUAUGUCUCCAUGAUAAUUUCAUUUUGUGUCAGAAUAGAAUAUUGAAUAUUCCACGUCAAUGAGGCAAAAAUGCUGUCUAGAUUCUAAUUUUUGAUUAAGCAGCCAUGUAUUACUGAUAUUAUGUGAUUGAUCUGUAGGAAAGGAUCAAGUGAAAGUCAUGUGGAGUGUGGUGAACUUCUCAUACAGGUACUUACUGANUAUUGAAACUUUGAACAACUAUCAUGAGCUUCACCAUCUUAAUUAUCCAGCUCAUCUCCAUGCUUUUCAGGUUCAACUUUCAUUCUCUUUUACGUAAAUAAAUGAACUUAGCUUUUGUUUUUGUUUCAUAAUGAAUAAAGAAAAAGCACAAAUUAUUAAAGAAACAAAGCGUGUAUUGAUCGGCAAAGCAACAACUAUGCAGAGCAUGGAAAUGUACACUCCAGUCUCUUUCUGUACCGCAUGGAAGGCCUGACACAAAAAGCACUCAUAAACACAUAGUCUGAAAUGACAGUCAUUUUGUGCACUUAUUUCAGGCUAGUAAUCACACCUUUUUUAUUUUUAAUAUUGACUGCUGCUUUGGAAGUACUUGUAUAUUAGGUAACCUUUUUUGCAUCAGUAUGCCUCCAUGAUAAUUUCAUUUUGUGUCAGAAUAGAAUAUUGAAUAUUCCACGUCAAUGAGGCAAAAAUGCUGUCUAGAUUCUAAUUUUUGAUUAAGCAGCCAUGUAUUACUGAUAUUAUGUGAUUGAUCUGUAGGAAAGGAUCAAGUGAAAGUCAUGUGGAGUGUGGUGAACUUCUCAUACAGGUACUUACUGAUAAAACUGGGAAAGAGAUAAGAUUUUCUGGAAAGUGAGAAUAUAAUAUUGUUCUGGAAAGUAAUAAUAAUGCGGUUAGAAAGCCUUAAAUAAAUUCAAAAUGGUUAACCAAAAGUUGCCUUAAUUUACAACCAAACAGAUCAAAAUUUUGUGGUGUCACUUAAAAUGUAUUUUUACAGCUUUAAAAGCACUGUAGAUAGCCUAAAAGAUGUUUACAAAGCACUUAGAAGAAAUCUGCGUUUGGUUGCCCCUGUUUUCUCACUUUGAUGUUUUGCCUAGACACAGUUAAUUCACCAUACAUUAUAAUACUACAGUGCAAUGUACAGGAAAGACCUUCACUUGCUGAAAUGGUAUCCACUUGUUACAAAUCAUGUUAUACCGUAUGAAGGUUUGCUAGUUUUUGUUUCUGGGGACAAUGGAUGAAUGUGAUCAUUAAUAUGAGCAAUUAAACAAAGGAAAUAUUCCCCAACAGCUUGUCUCAUGAUUUAAAAUUAACCAAGAUGCAAAUAAACUUGUAAAUAUUGUGCCCAAAAGAAAUGCAUCUCAUAAUAGAUCUUAGUUAUGAUACUGACUUGUUCCCAGUAGUCUUCACACGUAACGCACGGCGGGAGCAGGGGAUGAUGGGAAGGGUGAAGAGAGAAAGACGCUCAUCUGUCUGCCUCACUUUCCUCUUUCCCAUCACACCCCACACGCCACUAGAGAGAGAGAGUGAGAGAUGACUGGAGACGAGUCAGGUGAUGAUAUUGCAUUGGACGACCGUUGGUGGUUGAAUGGAUCUUGGAAUGUGUAUUUGGCAUCCCCACAGAUUUCUCAGGGACAAGUGACAUUAUCACCAAUUUGCCAAAGGCAUAGUCUGCUUCACAGCCGUUCUUUCUGUCUUCACGCAAUGCUGCUCCCCACAAACGGCUGUUGAGAACCGAACCGCAUUCCUUUAGAGAAGUCACCGUACCGUAAACUUGGCGCGAACACCUUCCAGAAAAUGGAAGCUGAAAUGCUGCCUGCACUCCUUAAAACUUUUAUAAUUAUUACUACUUAGUAGUAUACUGAUAAAUCCUUUUUUGACAGGAUGGGGCAAACUGAUUUAUUUUGACCUAACCAAGUAUGUGCGCUAAUGAUUUGCUUCCCUUCCCUCCCCUCCCCCCACCCAUUUUACUUUCCGUGUUAAGAUGCGUGUUCCAGUGUUUGCCUUGACUGACACAUUAGAGACAGCAGCAGACCUUGCAUCCCGUUCCGGUGGCAAACAGGAGCUGGUUCAACUAUUGAGAGCUGUGGAAGGUAAAACAAACCCACCAUAAGACUUGUUAUGCAAGAUUUCUCUGUGUAAGCUUUUUGAUUAAGUUGAUAACAUUACAGAUCCUUUUUACAAAAUAGGCUUUGAGUUUCAAACACUCUUACUUUUAAAACGAGGUUAAGUUGCUAAGACUUGUGGGACUGUUAUUAGGGACAUGAAAAAAAAAUUGGCCAAUAGCGAACGGACCGGCGCGUCCCCAGUAACGAUCCCGGCCAGGAACAGUUGCGGAACGUAUAGAGCCAUUUUCGUAUGACCUUGAAAUAAAAACGCGCGAACAAAACAGUCUCAGAAACAACAAACGAGCUGAAAUUGAGCGAUUUGAUUAGUUUGUCGAACGAAUAUAAACGCUCGUGGGUUUUGGUUGGUUAAGCGAACACUCGGCUGAAAAGACGUCAUGCCCGACGAACUUUCUAGAAAUCAAUCGAACUUCGCUUUGACGUCAUACUGCAACACUAUUGGCCAAUCGAACAAUGCGGUCUCCAUAUUAAGGUUUUCUUUGGCGGGGAAACGGAGAGACCAUGUUUUGAUCUUUUCAUCCAUUGGCUGUAAAACAAAUAACAAACACACCUAAACCAUUUUUCAUGGUCACACGAAAAUCGCUCUAUCGGCUCCUGUUCCUUUUCUUUUUGAAAGUGGCGAAUAACUUUAUACACUUGAGGAUGUCUGGGACGUUCUCCCCAUUGUACAUGAAUUCAAACUACUACCAGGCUGUAACUUACAAGUGCCAUAAAACCUUUUUAACUUUUAAUUCUGUAUAAAAAAUAAUCUUGCAGUUGAUGUUGCAGUACAGAACUUACAAGAGAGGCUACAAACCCCAACAGGUAAUCUAACUGAUCUUCCAUCUUAUUUACAAAUUUAAUGGAAUGGAAAGAUUUUUUAAGCUUUUUUUCUGGUUAACUCGGAUAUGAGGAUUAUGCUGUAGUUAUCAGUCACUUGUAUAAUGUAUGUUUUCUGUUGCAGGGUUCUCAACCAAAGACCCAAUGUUAAAGCUGUAUGUGGCUACGAUUGUGAGACACAUUAAUGAACACGUACCACCCAACAGCCCGAAAUGGAUGGCAAAAGGUUUGUCUUAAGAAGGAUAAAGUAUUCAUUUUGUCACGUGCAUAGCCCAGCACGGAAAAGUCUGAUCCCCGCUACGCGCGGAUAGAACAUCUUACGUACAACUGCAAAAGAAAAUGNAAGACCCAAUGUUAAAGCUGUAUGUGGCUACGAUUGUGAGACACAUUAAUGAACACGUACCACCCAACAGCCCGAAAUGGAUGGCAAAAGGUUUGUCUUAAGAAGGAUAAAGUAUUCAUUUUGUCACGUGCAUAGCCCAGCACGGAAAAGUCUGAUCCCCGCUACGCGCGGAUAGAACAUCUUACGUACAACUGCAAAAGAAAAUGGCAUACUCAUCAGGAUCGAAAAUCUCGCGGGUGAGUGUGAACAGUAAUCAUGCCCUAAACAGAGAUGGCGCAAAGCAGCACACAGGGCGACCAAGGUGCAAUCUCGUUCUCACGGCCUCUCUGGAAGCGUAGGCCCUAGGUAUGAGGUGGCCAAAAUUGAUAAAUCUACCCACUUACGAUGGUGUUUUAAAUUAAGCAUUCUAAAAUAAACAGUAUUCUGCAAAAUGUUUAUAGAAAUGUGACUUGGCAUUGAUCCCUGUUGUAUUUGUUGUGAAGUUUAUGAUUUUUUCAUACAGUUUUUGUUAUUAUAAAACUCAGAUAAUUCGCAAGAAAGACAUAAAUUGUUGAAGACACCAGAACUUUUAAGAAGAGAAGACAAAACAAAGUCCCUUGACUGGGUGAGUUAAAUAUUCCUUGCAAAUUUUUAACCUUCACGAAAGUACCAAAACGCAUAAAAUAAUCACUGAAGUGGGAAACUUUAUUUCCGAUUAAGGCGAAACACUGUAGCAACUCAAAACAGAUCAAAACAAGCAUGACUAUAGCUUCUUUGUCAUUCUCCUGUAGUGUUUAAUUUGAGUCUUAAUAUUUCAAUGUAAGGCACAGUUCAAUUACGCAAUUCUUUUUCGCAUGUUUACAUCCUUCUUCCAGCACCCCCACCCCCACCCCAUGAGUUUAUGGAGAAUUUGAUGUUAGUUGAUUAAACAACUCGUUAAAAGGGAGAAGCUGUAUUAAUAAUAGUUUUACUUCUGUUGUUUGGAUCCUUAUACUGUAGAAAUUUCUUGAAAUUAUGGUCACAUAUUUUGUUGUCUUUCUUUUCAGAGUCUCCGAAAGCAUAACUCGUGUGAGGAGCUUCGGUCCGAAACUCCAGGUGAGAAGCUUAGAGCUGUAGGCACUAUAUGGUAAACUUCUUACUAGUAAUGGCACUAAACGUUCUUAAGCCGGACAUUAUUCCAAAAGCUCUUCUUCUUAGAGAUACUUGGCUUUCUGUACAAGGAAGAAAUCAUAUUUCUUGUAAAUGACAAAAUCGCAGCAUCUGACAAACAAAUGUGUCUCCCAAGCGUGACAAACAAACGGAGAGAAACUUUGAAAAACUUUUAAGAUGAAACGUUUCAAAAAAUCCAUGCAAAUGCGGUCCUCAAGCAAUGGAAUUCAAGACAGUCUUUGAUUUUGGAUUCUACGGCGUGGAUACCGGAUUCUUUCGCAGUAAAUUUCUGAUUGCAGAUUCCAACUGUUAGUGGGGUUCCGGAUUCCUUGAGCUGUAUUCCUCUUUUCAAAGCCUAAAUUCCGAAAUUUCCCGGAUUCCGGAUUCCACAAGCAAACAUAUUUUCGGAUAUUUCCGGAAUCCGUAUUCUCUUAGAUGGGGUGUUUCGAUAUUGCCCAUCCUUGUCUUCGUUUAUAUUUGCUGUGAUAUUCAAACCUUCCUUCAGCGCUUGAAGUGGUUAUUCUCCUCGCUCAGUUAGGGGCCAAUUUCUACUGUAGUGACACAGCUUUAAGCCAAAUGCUGUCCAAACCAAGUUUGGCUGACCGCUUCAGAGAGGUGUCUGCCUUAUCGACAGUUAAAAUUGCGAAUAGGCAAAGUUUAUCAAGCACUGCAGGGAAAGGCGCGCACAGUAGCCAUCUACUUUCGCCUUUGUUACUAUUAUCAAAAUAAUUCUCUCUGUAGCGUUCGCCGGUGAUCACCAGCCCCUUGGGAAGGCGGGUAUUUAUAUAAAUGUGAGCUCAAUGAUAUUGAAAGACAUCAGUUUAUCUGGUUUUCCAUCCCUUUUAUUGUAGUUAAUCGUUUCUUUGGUUCAAGUAGUGGCACUCCAUCAUCUAACAUUCCUACAGCUGAUGUGGAACCUAUCAUCAGACCGGAUUUAUUACCGUGUGUGGUAGCAAACCCUUCAAAACUCGAGGUACCUGAUCCUUUUAAGUCACUGAUUUGCGUAAUCAAGACACAACCACAUUUACAGCAACUUAACCCGGAAAGUCUCAGAAAGUCUUCAAAGAAGGCUUUGCGUAACAAGACUGCGGUCUAAACUAUUUUCAAUCUGCCGAGCCCCAGUAUUUAACCCUACUUACAUAAAACUGUAAGUAAAAAAAAGAGUAUUUACUGGAAAAACCUCUUUUACUUGUUGUCUGGUUUAGCUUGGUUUCCAUAAUCGUUGUCUAAGGCUUCCCAAAAUAUCCUUACAAUGAAUUAUAGUUUGUAGAUAUUCAUUGUAAGGAUAUUUUAUAGUUGUAAUAUAGUUUUUACUCUUUUUAGUCUUAUUCAUAUAUAUAUUUAUAGUUCUUUCUCUUUAACGAUAUGUAUUUUGUUACUUAAUUUUUGUUUUAUAAUUUUAGUUUGAGGGCCACUAGUUAUUCAGUUGAAGUACUGUCCCGUGUUACCCUCGUUAAAUAAAGCUUAUUAUUAUUAUUAUUAUAAUGUGUUCGGGUGGUCGAGAUAAUCACAUGGAAACUCUGAUGCAAUGAGGGACGAGGAUAAAUUCUCACGAUAUUUUAUAAGAAACAUUUGGGACAAGGAAAGUGAAUUUGUAUUCUGAUAUACAGCCCAUAUUUUCUGAAGCUUCCCUGACGAAUUGACGCGAACCAUUUAAUUUCCAACUGAAAUUUUCGGUUUCCCGUACAAAUGGUACCCAAGAUCUUUAUAUUUUCCACCGUAUUAUUCAGGAAAAGCUGAUGAAGUUUCAAGCUGAGAAAGAGGACCUUGAACAGCGUUGCAAAAGACUCAUGCAGUCUAUCGCUAGUGCAGCAGAGGUAAGUUAUAGCGGCAAAAGUUUAUUGCUGGUUUAACGCCGUUUUGAUAGUAGUAUCAGUUGUUCUCAGUGAUAGUAUUCAGUUCCAAUUCCAAGGGAGACUGUUCGUAGUCUUUUGAGGUAAAGUAUUGUUUUAGCGUUGUUGGGCAUAGAUCUACCAAAUCGAGAUGUAACGAACGGAACACAAGCCUACCCAAUGGAGGGCACAGACCUACCAAAUGAAAAUAGUAACGAACAGGGCACAGACCUACCAAAUAAAAAUAGUAACGAUUAACGAACGGGACACAGACAUACCAAAUGAAAAUAGUAACGAAAGUGGCACAGACCUACCAAAUGAAAAUAGAAACGAACGUGGCACAGACCUACCAAAUGAAGACGGUACCGUACUGAACCUACCUAAUCUAACAACUAGCGUUAGGGGGUGGUUACAGCCAGAGAACUUUACUCCCGUAUCGAUUCUUCUAUUUGUGCAUGUACUAGUCCUAUCGGUGAAGUGUUUUAAGAAGGGGUGGCGGCUACGGUUUUUCAUCCUUAUCUUAAAAGCAAGAAGAAAAGACGGUCUUCUCAAGUAUUUUGUCAAGACCCUGAGUGGUGGUCUGGUCGACUGCUCCGAAGACUGGCAUCCAAGCAAUUGAUCUGACCAGUCAGCAGUUUUCGUUUAAACGUGGGUAGGAACUACCAACGCGAGUAGUUACUUCAUAUAUGAUUCCUAUAGUGUACAUAUAUGAAGUACCUACCUAAACGCGUUAUAAGACAUUGUGAUAGAACUGCUGGCCCUAGGAAAGUAUUCACUUUCAUUCUCUCUCUUGUUUUCACUUUCUUUAUUUAGACGCAUGACAAAGAGGUUAUGAGAUUGCAGCAGGAGAUAGAUAUUGCAAGAGAACAGAAAGAUAUCGCCAUUAAACGGGUAAUUUACUGACAGAUUUUCAUUGCUACCCAUUUUACUGUCUAUCAUCGUACAAUACUUUACAUGUACCUGAAAAUCUUUUUUUGUUUUUUUAAUCCAUAUCUAUGGUGGCCGAGAACUGCCAAUCGAAAAAUUCGCAUAUUGAAGGAAUUAUUUUUUAUUAUUUUUUAGUGUCAUCUGUAAUCAUUUUCCACUUUCUUUCUAAUUUUUAUUUUUAUUCUAAAGAAAAGUGAAAGUAAAAUCAAGUGAGAUCAAAAUAAAAGGAAAUGAAACCAAAGUAAAAUAAAAUCAAAUCAAAAUUAAAAUCAAAUAAAAUUUUCGACCCAGCCGAGGGCUGACACUACCAGCAUGCAUUGCGUACACCACGUUGAUUUUAUUGUGUUUACGACCCUUUCUCUCGAGGAAGCUCGAAGAUGGCGGAUAAUAGGUUUUCAUCGUGGAAGGAAGAUCACCUUCUUAAAGGAGCGAUGCAGAUGUACGUUAAACAAGGUCUUAAACUCAUAUUCCUUCAAUAUGAGGAUUUGUCGAUUAGCACUGUUCUCGGCCACCAUACAUAUCUCAGUGACAGUUUUUUCCAGUACGCUCGGUGUGCUAAAUAAGCAGAAAAUGACGGGUAUUUGCUCUCUGUUCCAUAGCUAGCGUGAGAAAGGCGAGGCACUUGAUUCCUGCAUGUGUAAAUUGAUUUCUCUGUGGAGGUGUCUCACGUCCUCAAAGCGCUUUUUCCUUCAAAUGUGGGAAGGGUGAGGAAAGCGCCCUGGGACCGAGGCUGGUUUCACGGCUUCUAGAAUAUCAAAAUUAUCUAGCGGAGUUGAAGGUACAGUGCAAAAUGCAUUUAUGAAAUAAAGUUCAGCCCAUGUCGAGUACAAACUAUGGUCCGCGCGCUUCAAGGCUAAAGUCUUCCUUCAACAACAGGGCAGAAAGAAGAGGUCAGCAAAAAGAUUUAUAUGACAAACGUGACCGGGUUAUUACUUGAGGGUUUUGUCGUGAUCAUUCACUUAACUUUACGGUGUUCUGUGCUUUUCCAAAAAGAUCUGUUUAAAGGAAGAUGAAGUUUGGGCGGGCGGAAAAUCUUUCUGAACAUAGUGGUAACAAAAGGUUUUACCGUGUUCUUUCUCCUGCUGUCCUAUUGUUCACUAAUAUCACAGGCGUCCCAAGCUCACGGUACGAGUAUGUUAUGUAAAUUAACUUUCUCUCAAGAGAGUCAGUGUCGCGUUACAAGCAACCGUUGACACUUUGUAUGAGAAAUAAAAUACUGAGGUCUGCGAACGCUAAAUAUCAUUAUUUUUGCUUUUUUUUUUCGGUAAAAUAAAUAAAGGAGACUUACCGUUGAUGUAUUCCUGUACUUAUUGGUGUGAAUUCAUCGAUUUAGUCGGGUUUUUUGACUCUCUUGUGAGAUUGGGACGCCUGUGCUAACAUUAAAAAAAUUCUUAUUUGUGGUUUGAUGCAGUGUGAAGCUACAUUUGUUAACAAAAUGGCCAAACUUCGUCAGGAAACGGAAGCAGCUAUUCACGAGGUUAGUUUUCAGGCUAGAUUUCAGGUCUUUCAGUACGUCUGUAUUUUUCGUCUUUUACUUGUACACUGUGCAGCAAAUGGUCUCUUUUUCCAGGCAAACACACGGCUUGAUCAAGCUGAGAGGGACCGAGCCGAGGUACUACAUUUACAAAACACUUUCAGAUUAUCGUGGGUACCAGAUGAGGUAAGAAUAGACCUAUGGACUGUACUGAGAUAUUGGGGCUUAUAGAGGACAAAUACAAUAAACUGUUUACUUAAGGUGUUUCGAUACAGCUUUUCGGAAACGUUACCGAUAUUUUUUUGUCACCUAAAAAGUGAUUUUAUCCUUGUCCGAUCGCUAUAAAAUGUUCACCACUGACUGACUUUCGAUUGAAGUUUGUCAAAAUGUAGCUCAAAAUGUAGCGUGAAAUAAAAUCGAUAUCACUAUGAAGCAAUAAACAAAAGACUUUCACAUCGCGAUCUAGACCUGCUACUGAAAAUCCGACACCAGGAACUGGUUUUUGCCCUUCCUCGUCACAUAAGACACGAAAAGAAAUUGACCAAUUUUUAAAUCCUUAGUUAAGACUUUUUUAAUUUAAAUCAGCCUAUUUCUGUAACGCACAUUGAUCAUAUACAUAUGCGAAUUUACGCUUUAUAAGUAAUAAAAUUAUUAUUAUUAUUAUUAUUAUUAUUAUUAGCAAAUAAUCUCGUGAGAAGUAAAAAAUUCUGUUUGUUUGAAUUCAAACAAAACGUAAAUAUAUUUCAAACCUUAUAUUUUCAUAUUGUGCCGAUACAUCAAAGUUCCCAUAUCUUUUCAAUCCCCUUAUUGUUGACUUGAUUGCUAUCACACGCCUGUUGAUUGGUUAGUCUUAACCUCGUUUUAAUGCAGGUAAUGUAUUUUUUUUUCGCAGCUUGUUAACUACUGUUCAAACAGCAAAUGUCGAGCGCCCUUCACUCAAGUAAGUUUUGUGUCUUGUUUUAUUGAAUACAAGGUUUGAUUUCACGCAAACGUUGUUCCCAGGGCCUUUUCCUUUAGGAAAUGGACGGGGGCCCUGGAAAGGAGGUUGCCUUUACUCCAUGAUUUCAAAUCUUUGGUAACGUUUUGAUAGACGUUAUACCCAAUUUGUGCCGUAGAAGCUCAUAUGUUACGAUAUUUACCUUAUGUCAACUCAAUUGAUAAACCAAAUUUUCGACCGAAAACGGACACCAGAAGUCCACGGAACAAUUUUCGUUUCCAAACAUAGGUGAGUUUAUACACAAUCAGUGUUAUUCUAUGAAUAUCAAACCUCUCAGGAUUUGGAAAUUAGAAAACGUGUGUUUGUUGUUUUGAUUUGUUUGGGUUCUAUUGGCUUAACACAGAUGCAUUUGGUGUUUGUUGUAGACUAGAAGACGCCAUCAUUGUCGAUGCUGCGGCCGCGUUUUCUGUCACAACUGCACAGAUCAGUCAGCUCAGUAAGUUCAACUUGAUUUACUGUAGUAUCAGUUGCAGGUGUCACAGUUUUUUGUCUCGUAGCCAGCUGAUUACAAGAGAGGAUAUCGUCUCUUGCUGAUUAACGGAAACUGACAGAGGCAAUCGUAAAAGUUAAGAAAGAGGAAGCCGUUGAAGUUUCAUCGUGAGCUCUAAGUUUUAAAACUUCCCAGCUAAUAGGAUAAGCAGCCUCCGCUGGCCGGACCACAAAUUCUGCGGCGGUCUUUCAUAAUUGAGUCACUGAGGGGAAUCACACAAAACUGAAAAAGAGACAUACAUUCCUUCCCAAGUGGGAAAACCUGUGUUACACUACAGGCUAACCAGUUCGUUUUCAGUGAAGAGAGUAAGAGAGGCGCUCAUCUCUUCACAUCGUCUUUUAGUGGACAAAUUAACAACGAGGACAUGUCUUCUUUUUCAGGAUUCCAGCGUUUGGCUACAAUCAGAAUGUCAGAGUUUGUAAUCCUUGCUUUGCUUUGCUUGAUGAAAUGUUUUGUGAAGAACCAGAAAGUAUUCACUUUCAUUCUCUCUCUUGUUUUCACUUUCUUUAUUUAGACGCAUGACAAAGAGGUUAUGAGAUUGCAGCAGGAGAUAGAUAUUGCAAGAGAACAGAAAGAUAUCGCCAUUAAACGGGUAAUUUACUGACAGAUUUUCAUUGCUACCCAUUUUACUGUCUAUCAUCGUACAAUACUUUACAUGUACCUGAAAAUCUUUUUUUGUUUUUUUAAUCCAUAUCUAUGGUGGCCGAGAACUGCCAAUCGAAAAAUUCGCAUAUUGAAGGAAUUAUUUUUUAUUAUUUUUUAGUGUCAUCUGUAAUCAUUUUCCACUUUCUUUCUAAUUUUUAUUUUUAUUCUAAAGAAAAGUGAAAGUAAAAUCAAGUGAGAUCAAAAUAAAAGGAAAUGAAACCAAAGUAAAAUAAAAUCAAAUCAAAAUUAAAAUCAAAUAAAAUUUUCGACCCAGCCGAGGGCUGACACUACCAGCAUGCAUUGCGUACACCACGUUGAUUUUAUUGUGUUUACGACCCUUUCUCUCGAGGAAGCUCGAAGAUGGCGGAUAAUAGGUUUUCAUCGUGGAAGGAAGAUCACCUUCUUAAAGGAGCGAUGCAGAUGUACGUUAAACAAGGUCUUAAACUCAUAUUCCUUCAAUAUGAGGAUUUGUCGAUUAGCACUGUUCUCGGCCACCAUACAUAUCUCAGUGACAGUUUUUUCCAGUACGCUCGGUGUGCUAAAUAAGCAGAAAAUGACGGGUAUUUGCUCUCUGUUCCAUAGCUAGCGUGAGAAAGGCGAGGCACUUGAUUCCUGCAUGUGUAAAUUGAUUUCUCUGUGGAGGUGUCUCACGUCCUCAAAGCGCUUUUUCCUUCAAAUGUGGGAAGGGUGAGGAAAGCGCCCUGGGACCGAGGCUGGUUUCACGGCUUCUAGAAUAUCAAAAUUAUCUAGCGGAGUUGAAGGUACAGUGCAAAAUGCAUUUAUGAAAUAAAGUUCAGCCCAUGUCGAGUACAAACUAUGGUCCGCGCGCUUCAAGGCUAAAGUCUUCCUUCAACAACAGGGCAGAAAGAAGAGGUCAGCAAAAAGAUUUAUAUGACAAACGUGACCGGGUUAUUACUUGAGGGUUUUGUCGUGAUCAUUCACUUAACUUUACGGUGUUCUGUGCUUUUCCAAAAAGAUCUGUUUAAAGGAAGAUGAAGUUUGGGCGGGCGGAAAAUCUUUCUGAACAUAGUGGUAACAAAAGGUUUUACCGUGUUCUUUCUCCUGCUGUCCUAUUGUUCACUAAUAUCACAGGCGUCCCAAGCUCACGGUACGAGUAUGUUAUGUAAAUUAACUUUCUCUCAAGAGAGUCAGUGUCGCGUUACAAGCAACCGUUGACACUUUGUAUGAGAAAUAAAAUACUGAGGUCUGCGAACGCUAAAUAUCAUUAUUUUUGCUUUUUUUUUUCGGUAAAAUAAAUAAAGGAGACUUACCGUUGAUGUAUUCCUGUACUUAUUGGUGUGAAUUCAUCGAUUUAGUCGGGUUUUUUGACUCUCUUGUGAGAUUGGGACGCCUGUGCUAACAUUAAAAAAAUUCUUAUUUGUGGUUUGAUGCAGUGUGAAGCUACAUUUGUUAACAAAAUGGCCAAACUUCGUCAGGAAACGGAAGCAGCUAUUCACGAGGUUAGUUUUCAGGCUAGAUUUCAGGUCUUUCAGUACGUCUGUAUUUUUCGUCUUUUACUUGUACACUGUGCAGCAAAUGGUCUCUUUUUCCAGGCAAACACACGGCUUGAUCAAGCUGAGAGGGACCGAGCCGAGGUACUACAUUUACAAAACACUUUCAGAUUAUCGUGGGUACCAGAUGAGGUAAGAAUAGACCUAUGGACUGUACUGAGAUAUUGGGGCUUAUAGAGGACAAAUACAAUAAACUGUUUACUUAAGGUGUUUCGAUACAGCUUUUCGGAAACGUUACCGAUAUUUUUUUGUCACCUAAAAAGUGAUUUUAUCCUUGUCCGAUCGCUAUAAAAUGUUCACCACUGACUGACUUUCGAUUGAAGUUUGUCAAAAUGUAGCUCAAAAUGUAGCGUGAAAUAAAAUCGAUAUCACUAUGAAGCAAUAAACAAAAGACUUUCACAUCGCGAUCUAGACCUGCUACUGAAAAUCCGACACCAGGAACUGGUUUUUGCCCUUCCUCGUCACAUAAGACACGAAAAGAAAUUGACCAAUUUUUAAAUCCUUAGUUAAGACUUUUUUAAUUUAAAUCAGCCUAUUUCUGUAACGCACAUUGAUCAUAUACAUAUGCGAAUUUACGCUUUAUAAGUAAUAAAAUUAUUAUUAUUAUUAUUAUUAUUAUUAUUAGCAAAUAAUCUCGUGAGAAGUAAAAAAUUCUGUUUGUUUGAAUUCAAACAAAACGUAAAUAUAUUUCAAACCUUAUAUUUUCAUAUUGUGCCGAUACAUCAAAGUUCCCAUAUCUUUUCAAUCCCCUUAUUGUUGACUUGAUUGCUAUCACACGCCUGUUGAUUGGUUAGUCUUAACCUCGUUUUAAUGCAGGUAAUGUAUUUUUUUUUCGCAGCUUGUUAACUACUGUUCAAACAGCAAAUGUCGAGCGCCCUUCACUCAAGUAAGUUUUGUGUCUUGUUUUAUUGAAUACAAGGUUUGAUUUCACGCAAACGUUGUUCCCAGGGCCUUUUCCUUUAGGAAAUGGACGGGGGCCCUGGAAAGGAGGUUGCCUUUACUCCAUGAUUUCAAAUCUUUGGUAACGUUUUGAUAGACGUUAUACCCAAUUUGUGCCGUAGAAGCUCAUAUGUUACGAUAUUUACCUUAUGUCAACUCAAUUGAUAAACCAAAUUUUCGACCGAAAACGGACACCAGAAGUCCACGGAACAAUUUUCGUUUCCAAACAUAGGUGAGUUUAUACACAAUCAGUGUUAUUCUAUGAAUAUCAAACCUCUCAGGAUUUGGAAAUUAGAAAACGUGUGUUUGUUGUUUUGAUUUGUUUGGGUUCUAUUGGCUUAACACAGAUGCAUUUGGUGUUUGUUGUAGACUAGAAGACGCCAUCAUUGUCGAUGCUGCGGCCGCGUUUUCUGUCACAACUGCACAGAUCAGUCAGCUCAGUAAGUUCAACUUGAUUUACUGUAGUAUCAGUUGCAGGUGUCACAGUUUUUUGUCUCGUAGCCAGCUGAUUACAAGAGAGGAUAUCGUCUCUUGCUGAUUAACGGAAACUGACAGAGGCAAUCGUAAAAGUUAAGAAAGAGGAAGCCGUUGAAGUUUCAUCGUGAGCUCUAAGUUUUAAAACUUCCCAGCUAAUAGGAUAAGCAGCCUCCGCUGGCCGGACCACAAAUUCUGCGGCGGUCUUUCAUAAUUGAGUCACUGAGGGGAAUCACACAAAACUGAAAAAGAGACAUACAUUCCUUCCCAAGUGGGAAAACCUGUGUUACACUACAGGCUAACCAGUUCGUUUUCAGUGAAGAGAGUAAGAGAGGCGCUCAUCUCUUCACAUCGUCUUUUAGUGGACAAAUUAACAACGAGGACAUGUCUUCUUUUUCAGGAUUCCAGCGUUUGGCUACAAUCAGAAUGUCAGAGUUUGUAAUCCUUGCUUUGCUUUGCUUGAUGAAAUGUUUUGUGAAGAACCGAUUGCUUGCACAGACCCCACGUGACUUAAGAACGUUGCUUUGAUUGGAUGGGAAGUUACAUGUGGAGCUGUUCGCCUUGUGGCACCUGCUCUGUAGACGGAGGGCUGUGUGUUUUAAUGUUUGUAAAAUAUCGCUAUAUCCCCCGUCUUAACUUUUCGUAGUCUCGGCUCAUUAAGCAAUUUGAUCGCUUUGUUAAAUCAAGAUCAAUUUCUCUCCUCCGUAAGGCGUGGAUCUAGAAUAAAUACUGAGCAAUUCCCUACUCUAAGGGAGGUCUUGCGGCAUGCUCUUCGGGAAGUUUUUUGGAUUUUAACUCCUCAGAAUCUUCUCUCUAGGGUUUAUGAGUCAUUUAGACAGGAUAUUUUCUGACUUUCCAAACCAUUUUCCAGAUUUCUGUUGGAAAGUUAAAAGUGUUUGCUAAUAUUUAUUGUGAAAAAUCUGACCGAUUUCCGUAAAACGGUGGAAACCGGUGUGGAUCCGCGCCUGGACACUGUAUUACAGGCUAGAGAUAGAGGGAAAGGAAUUGCAGUGGCAACACCCUGCUGAAACCUGUAUGGUGGACAGAUAGAGAGAGAGAGAGAGAGUCAGCUGAUUAACCACGUUAAAUUAAGUUGACUCAGUAAAGGUUGCGGACCCUGAAAAGCAGUGAAAGAGAUGACGUUAUCUGUAGUUCCUACUACUCGUUUAGUAAAAUUUAACAUGAAACGAGGAGCGGUAAAUUAUGGGUUCGGAGUAACAAAAAUUAUUUAAAUAAUAUAUUAUUCACCCGUGGAAAAUAGUUUUGUUGU